UUUAUGUACCUGUCUUGCUGUGGUGUCUAUAUAAGAUCAAAGUUGGCUAUGUGGCAGAUACUUGAGAAUAUCAGUGCACCAAUGGAGAGCUCAAGAAAUGGUGACGUCACGGUCACCUAUGAGCACCAGCUGUUCGGCCGGCGCCGGAACGUCGCCGGCGGCGGCGGCGGCUUCGCCACCUACCUCGACCUCGUCCGGGAGGAAGGCGACGCCGGAAAGAUGCCGCCGCGGCGGCCAUUGCCGGCGCCACCGCCGCAUGGCGUGGCGAGCUGGCGGCGCACGUACGCCGACGGCGAGCUCGACGUCUUCGCCGCUGAGAGGUACUUCAAGGGCGCAAUGGACGGCGCCGACGGCUACAACAAGGUGGACCUCGCGUCGCCGGUGAUGGCGGCGGCGGCGGCGAGGCCGGCCGUGGCGGUGAGCCGGCCGGCGCCGUGGACGACGCGCGCGUCGGUGGCGAGCGCCGGGUCAUCGGGCUCCACCGCCAACAGCCAGGCCGUGCUGCUCCGGGAGCAGCGCCGCCGCGACAAGUGCUGCGCCCAUGUCGGCGGCAUCCUGCGCUCGUGCUCCGGGAAGCGGUCGGUGCACGUCGGCGGCGCCGCGGUGGCGGCGACGGAGCCGGCCGGCGAUCCGGGGGACGAGCUGCCACCGGCGACGGCGAGUAGGAUCGAGUGGUACAGAGACCUGAGGCUGGACAAGGCCGGAGAUGGCGUCAGCCAUGGCGGCGUGGUCGCCGCUGGUCUCCCGCCAAAUUUGAAUAGUAUUGGCGCGGCGAGAGUGGCGGCCAUUGGGAGGGAGGAGGGCACGGCGGCGACGUCGGAGUAUUCGAGCUCGAGUUUCCGGAGCAACUUCACUCUCCUCGCUCCGGUGAAGGUCACCAUACCGGCGUCCGGCGGCGACGACGACGACGACGACGUCGGGAGCGAGUCGAGCUCCGACCUGUUCGAGAUCAAGAGCCUGAUGAUCGACGACUGCCGGGGCUACGAGCCCAGCGAGGCGAGCGUCCAAUGGAGCGUGGUCACGGCGAGCGCCGCCGACGUGUCCGUCGCCGCGUCGGGGCGCGGCGGCGGCGGCGGCGGCAAGGGGAGGCCGGCGGCGGCGGUGGCCGUGAGGCAGCAGCAGCACCGGCGGCAGGCAGACCGGCCGGUCGGGCUGCUGGCGGGAUGCGUCAGCCACAGGGCCGUCGACGUGUCGGCGGUGGCCGCGGUGUGCCGCCCACCGCCGCCGCCUGGUGCGCCGGCGACGGCGACGCGGCGGCGCAGCGAUUUGUCCCGGUUCGCGCACAGUGGUCACCUGUGAGCGACACACGUUGGUCCAUGCUACUGUGCUAGUAGACAAUUUGUUCCAUCUUUUCACCACCAAGCGUCUCUGUAAAAAGAAAAAAAUACUUCUACCCUUAAGUAAAUUAUCCAUGAACUUGACAACAUAAAUAGUUCAACCGUCAAAAUUACUUCCUCCGUCUUUGGAAAAAACCAUUUAUUUUAGACACAGAAUGCAUGUAGAAAACAACGUGGACCCCACAAGGUUUUUCGAGUGGAGGCUGGUUGCAGUGAGCAGGAGCGGAUUCAACAUGAGUGCAGGAGGACUAGCCCCCCCCUAAACCCACUAGACCUAUGGAUACUCGUGAGCCCCCUUCAAUUUUUUCACCAUAGUUGAUAAGAUAUGAGAUGUUAAAAGGUCUCUGAAUAAUUGGAGGUUAAAAAAAACCACAUAUUGGUAUGUU